AUGCCUGACGGAAUCACCGACGCGAAGAAUGGCAUUACUGGCGGCUACAAAGGUGAAAAUGCCAUCAUUAUUCGAGCAAUGAUCGCAUUCACAGCCAUCGCUUGGUACAAUGCCGCCGAGAUCAUCAUACUGGUUCUGGUCGUUUUCAAGCGCUACUCCGGACUCUAUUUCUGGUCGCUGCUCAUCACCGCCAUCUCCAUCAUUCCGUAUCAGGUUGGCGCAUGGUUGAAACAGGUGGGAGAAGCAGAUGCCAUGGGCAUGAUCAUACUCUCGAGUAUCGGCUGGGUCGUCAUGGUGCCAGGAUCGAGUUUGGUGUUAUACUCGCGUCUACAUUGCAUCACACAGAAUCGGAAACUGCUCAGAGGUAUACUAUACAUGAUCAUUAUCAACGCCAUCGUCNNCCUCACCGUUCCAACAAACGUACUAUCUCUCGGAUCCAAUUCUAGCAAAUACUACCUAUUCACUUUCGGAUACUCUGUCAUGGANAAAAUUCAGAUGACUGCGUUCUCGCUGCAAGAACUCAUAAUCUCUUUCAUCUAUCUCGUCGAAGUCCGUCGCGUUCUGAAGGUUAUCGACAACGGCCGAUUUCGCAAUAUUAUGUGGGAGCUCGCUGCCAUCAACAUCGCGAUCAUUGUUCUGGACGUGGCGCUUCUCGCUGUUGAAUACCUAGGUCUCUACCAGAUUGAAGUCACACUCAAGGGAAUGUGCUACAGCAUCAAGUUGAAGCUGGAGUUUGGUGUAUUGUCGAAACUGGUCAAGAUAGCUACUGCUCGUCAAGGGGUCUAUGAUCUGCAGACCGGAUCUGAUAGCUCUGAGACCAAGAAUACCAUGACAUAUCAAGGUCACGGUACGUGGCUGACGGGACUAUCUGCAUCACCGCCUACAUUGACGACACUUCCUUCAAACACCACGAACGGCACUGCGAAACGCAAUAGCACAUGGGGCAGUAUAUGGGCAACUAGCAAUCCNUUUUCGUCGGCGCAUGCGGAAGCACAGAAAAGACAUCGCGACUUUGAGGCCACUGUAUCGUUCUCGCAGACUGAGCCGUUGCCGAAACCGAGUCUCAUAGCUGAGCACAUUUCUCACCCGCCUGCCAUUGUAACCUCAAGACGCUCGUCGACUGAAGAUCUGUACCCCGGCCGACUUGGCUGA